CGCUCGCUACCUGCAGUCAUCGAGAAAAUUCCGACUCGGAGUACGCACCAGAACUAUAUCUCUUCACACAAUUCUCGUGCGCUUGAUUUGUUUGCUUUAGAGAAACCAUACCCAGCAAUUAUGGAGGCAGUCAUUAACAAGUUUGAAGCCGUUCUCGGCGGUGCUGCCAGCAGCGGACACUCUGUUCUUCUACUGGGAGCCGGUUUCGUUACCCGACCUACAGUUGAGCUUCUUGGAAACUCAGGCAUCAAGGUCACAGUUGCUUGCAGGACUUUGGAGAACGCACAGAAGUUGGCCAAGGGUAUCAAGAACACCACAGCUAUCAGCCUGGACGUGAACGACUCUGAAGCUCUCGAUGCCGAAGUAGCCAAGGUCGAUGUUGCCAUUUCGCUUAUCCCUUACACGCACCACGCCACUGUCAUCAAAUCGGCCAUCCGCAAGAAGAAGCAUGUCGUCACAACCUCCUAUGUCUCGCCGGCGAUGCUUGAACUCGAUGCUCAGGCUAAGGAGGCCGGCAUCACUGUCAUGAAUGAGAUCGGUCUUGACCCGGGAAUCGACCAUCUCUCCGCAGUUCUCACCAUUGACGAGGUCCACAAGGCAGGUGGCAAGAUCCUUAGCUUCAAGUCAUACUGCGGUGGCCUUCCCGCCCCUGAAGCGUCAGACAACCCUCUUGGAUACAAAUUCUCGUGGAGCUCCCGUGGUGUGCUUCUCGCACUGAGGAACGCUGCCAAAUACUGGAAGGACGGGAAAGUCGUCGAGGUUGAAGGCCCAGAACUGAUGGCCGAGGCGAAGCCCUACUUUAUCUACCCCGGCUACGCUUUCGUUGCCUACCCCAACCGGGACUCCACUCCUUACAAGGAGCGAUACAACAUCCCCGAGGCCCAGACCAUUGUCCGUGGAACACUGAGAUACCAGGGCUUCCCCGAGUACAUCAAGUGCCUUGUAGACAUCGGUUUCCUUUCCGAGGACCCCAAGGACUUCCUCAAAGAAGGUGAGAAGCGCACAUGGAAGGAGGCCACUGCCAAGAUCAUCGGUGCCGCCAGCGACAAGGAGGAAGACAUCGUCUGGGCCAUCUCCUCCCAAACUAAGUUCGCUUCCACUGAGGAGAAGGACCGUAUCCUUGACGGUCUCCGCUGGAUCGGUCUCCUCUCUUCCGAACCCAUCAUUCCUCGCGGCAACGCCCUGGAUACACUUUGUGCGACGCUCGAGAAGAAGAUGCAGUACGAGGAGGGCGAACGUGACAUGGUCAUGCUCCAGCACAGGUUCGAGAUCGAGAACAAGGACGGCAGCAAAGAGGUUCGCACCUCUACGCUCGCUGACUACGGAGACCCCAAGGGCUACUCCGCCAUGGCCAAAUUGGUCGGUGUGCCCUGCGCUGUCGCUGUGCAGCAGGUGCUUGACGGAACCAUCAGCGAGAAGGGUGUACUUGCACCUAUGAGCCCUAAGAUCUGUGCUCCUUUGAUGAAGACGCUGUCCGAGAAGUACGGCAUUGAGUUCAAGGAGAAGAGCAUCCCCCAAUAG